AUGCCGGAAUUGUUACAACUUCCCCCGGAGCUGCUGGAACGAAUCGUUGAAUUCGUCGCUAUUAGUGUACCAACUGUUGGGGAUGACCCCUACGACUAUGAGGAGGAGAACAAGUACAAGGCCAUCAACGAUCCAGCGUUUUCGAGCUGGAGCCGUCCUUACAACAAAUUUGCUGUAACGCCACGGCCAGAUGUAUCCAGCCUGCAAAGUCUGCGCCUCACCUCAAGACACUUCUCUCACGCAUGGGCAACGCAUCUGUAUCGUUGUGUACGACUAAUGCCCAAUCAGGGAUCUGCUUCCCGGUACAACAAGAUCCUAGCUACUCCUAGUUUGGCUCAACUGACCAAGUUGGUCGUUUGCCCAACCCUCACCCACGUGGAGAUGGUCUUUUCGAUCCAGUGCGUUGGCCCAUCAGGAUUUGACGAUGGCAACUACCCGGAGGAUGUCGAAUUUCGAGAAGAAGUCUUGAGUGCUUUUUAUGCUGGUCUCAACCAUCCCAAACAUCCUGCCGCCAAGGUAUACGAUCUGGGCAUCAAGAACUUGCAAGAUCUAACCCCGCAAGUUCUGAUGGAUAGCGCUGAGGACAAGGACACUGGGUUCAACAAGGACUUUCAGCAGGUCAUGUCACGGAUCACACACUUCAGCCUCCAGGUGGCUACAGAAGAUAACGAACACUCGCCAGAAAUUGAAUUGCAUGUUCCUGAGAUUCAUGACUUCUUUGGUCACGAAUUGGAAACUUACUGGCUCGCGCCCAUCGCCGACAAUCUUGUCUAUCUCAAGCUCUAUACCAGCGAGAUGCCUUUUGGCAUGUACCCCAAGUGCAAUCUUCCAAAGUUGCCCAAACUGCGCAAACUGCUUCUUGGAAAUCUCAGCAUUGUGAAUGACGAUCUGAUCGACUGGAUCCUCAGCCACGCGGCAACCCUCGAGGAACUGACCUUGGAUGCUGCAAUAAUAGCUGUCGGCGCUGAAUUCAUCGAACAGAGCGUUGAUAUAGCCAAUCGACGCGUCAACUACCUACCACUCAGGAUAGAAGAGGGCCGUCCUUGUUAUCGACCACAACCACAAGCAUACACAGAACAGAGAUGGUUCUGGUCAACGCGCUGGCACCACAUUUUCAAUCGCUUCCAGCAUGGUCUGCCUCAUUUGAAGCAUUUCGCCUUUGGUCAUGGAAACCGGGGAGAAAAUGCAUCCUUCGAUGAAGCAGAAGCCUUGACCUGUGAACUCGAGGAUGGCAGAUAUCAGUUUUAUGACGAAGGUACCGGUCCUUGUAACUGGCUUGACCUCGACCGUCACAACACAGUAAACGAUCAUCGGUUGAAGGAUGAGGACAAUGUUGUAUAUCAACCUGAAUGCGACGAGGAGGACUGGCAAGCGCUGAAAGACCUCCUCCACGAGUUGGAGAAGCCACGAUGA